CCGAUCGCGUACCGAUCAGUACAUAUAAUAACAUGCCCUCCAUCCACGGAGCUUUAUUUACAUCCGAUAAGAUAACGAUAAAUUAAAUUGAUUGUGGUGUUCGCUGCAAGUAAAACAGUCGGUAAUCUGGAGCCUGGUGUAUUGACACGACGAUAGCGCCUCGAUUUGUUUACGAUCGGCUAUUAUUACACAUCGUACUCUGGUGAAUUCCAUAUUCCGUGAUUGACCCACGCAGGAGCAACUGCGUGAACUAUUGUGCAAUUAUGGACAAAGACUGUGAGGAUACUGAUGAGAAAACUCCAUUAUUGGGUAGUGGAACUCAAAAGACUAGUUGUUCGAGUAGUGACGCUUUUAAUGAUAGUAACAGUAAUAAGACAGAAUCCUUCGAAAUUGUAUUUGAUAGUAAAAUGAUAAAGUCGUCGACUCGAGCAGAAGAGUUAGCCGCCACGUGGGGAGGGAGACGGUCGCUGGUCGAUUCUGGGGGUUUGCGUCGGGCCCACUCGUGGUCUGGUGGACCUCCAGAUGAUAUUAGUUCGGAGAUUAGAAUUUUAAGAGAAAGACUGGUCCGUACACAGAGGAGAUUACAACCAACUGCAGUGUGUUUACUGUCCCAAAGGCAGCGCCUUACACUUAUUUCCCUUGCCCUUGUUGACUUCAUGAGCUUCUGCUCUAUGAGCAUUAUGGCGCCAUUCUUCCCACGUGAAGCCACUGCCAAAGGUGUCUCCGACACCAUGUGUGGGAUAGUGUUCAGUUUCUACGCCGUAGUAAUGUUCAUCACAUCACCCGUUUUUGGCAAAUUUCUGCCACAAGUGGGAGUCAAAUUUUUGUUUAUCACAGGCAUGUUUGUGGCGGGUACCUGCAAUAUAAUGUUUGGAACCCUUGCGUUAGUCGAGGAUAAGACGACAUUCACAGCAUUAUGCUUCGUGGUGCGCGGAAUGGAAGCGCUAGGGGCGAGCGCGUACUCGACGGCCAGCUACGUGUUUGUAGUGAACGCGUUCCCUGACAGCAUCGGCUCCGUCCUCGGCAUACUAGAGACAUUUGUUGGCCUUGGCAUGUCUGUGGGGCCGGCCAUUGGUGGGCUAUUGUACUCGAUCGGGGGCUUCGGUCUUCCGUUUUACAGCCUUGGAAUCCUAAUGGUGUUCACUGUUCCCAUCAACUACUUCUUGCUUACUGAUUGCGAAGAAUACGUUUCUGGAUCCAAAAGUACAUCAAUACUGCGUCUUGUCAAGAUCCCAUCGAUUAUAAUCACAGCUCUAGUUAUCGUCGUCGUAUCCAAUACCUGGGCAUUCCUCGAUCCUACUUUAGAGCCACAUUUGCGUCAAUUCAAUUUAUCCACGGAACAGAUUGGUUUAAUAUUUCUGUUAUUUUCUAGUUUAUACGGAAUAUUUAGUCCGAUCUGGGGAUGGGUUGCUGAUAGGGUACAUAAUCAUUGGUGUAUGAUGGUGUGGGGGCUGUUCUUGUCCACUAUCGGACUACUUCUGCUUGGUCCAUGUCCGUUUAUUCCUGGCCUUCCACGAGAUCUUUGGCUAGAUCUGGUAGCAUUAUCCAUAUUAGGGAUGUCUGUAGCACUCACUCUAUUGCCAACGUUUCAAGGAGUAUUAACUAGUUCAAUCUACGAAGGUGGUUGCCCUGAAGCACUGGCGACGUACAGCGCCGUAGCUGGUUUAUGGUCGUGCUGUUACUCCUUGGGCGAGGUGCUGGGUCCAGCCGUUGGUGGUGUACUCACCCAGUACUACGGAUUCCCUCUCUCUUCAACUCUAUGUGCUGCAGCUUGCUUCACCAUGGCGGUAGUCACACUCGCUUUUUUUACGCUACGAGAGUCUUCUAAAUCGGUUGAAGUCACGGAAUCUGUAUCCGACUCGAUCCCGUAUACUGACACCACAUGGAAUAGCAACUUCUGUCGCACGCGUAGUGCACCCAACACUCGACUGACUGAAAACUCCCCGCUGCUCACACCCUGCUCGUGUCUCUCGAGGAAUGAUACAUCGUACGGCAAUUCACCGCCACGACACUUUUGUCUAUUGCACAACAAGAGCAACAAAAGUGGUUCUGCGAGUAUAUCAGAUGUUCUCGCGUACUUCCUCAAAUUUCAGUGCCUAACUAAUAUUUACGUAAAAAUGUCGAGAACUUGCAAAAAAUCACAACGAGACACUACUCGCAACAAUGAACUUUACCAAAAUUACCUCGUCGAUGAGGAUAUAAACGCAGAAGAAAACAUCUCUAAUUUAAACAAUAACACUAUAAAAUGCAGACAAGAUGAUGAGAAUACAUAUUUCAUGUAUUUAGAGAAGGCCAUAUUUGGUAGUACAGUUGUAAUGGAGAAUAUGAACCAUUUAGUGAUUAAAAGAAACAACAAAGGCUUAGUACCGAAGUUGAUGACGUGUGAUAACGAAAAGAAUCCGUCGAAUGAGAUCAUAAAGCAUAAUUUAGAGAAAAUACAGUUUUAUGAACAAAAUCAAGCAUGCUCGUCGAUUGAUUAUGUUUUUGAUGGUUGUGAAUGCAGAGAUGACGCAACAUACGUUCGAGGUACCGUCACAGUCUCUUCUACAGGCGCCUGCGAAGUAUAACAUUUCGAAAUAAAUACUAUAAGUAAAUACUUUAAAUAUUAUUAUAUUUAAAUAUAGUAAAUACUUUAAAAUAUUAAUUUAUAUUUC